GGGCCUCUGGAGGGGAACGGGGCUGCCGAGGCGCGGCCCCGGGCAGCGUCCGGGGGCAGGGCGGGCGCGGGGUGUCCCGAUCCCCGCGAGGCCUCGGGCUGCCCGGGUCAGAGGCGAGCUGGUGUCAUCCGGGCUGGAGAGAAAUGGCCCUUCCUCUCUGGAAGAACUUAGUUCAGACUACAAAGAAAAGAAUACUACAACAGAGAAGGUUGUCACUGUAUAAUGGUGCUGAUGGCUAUGAGGAAGAAUUGAUAAAGAAGAAACUUCAACAGUUUUCUGGUGGAUCCAUCAACCUUUCCAAAGAAGACAAUGGCAUUGGAAUACUUACUUUGAAUAACCCAAAGCUAAUGAAUGCCUUUACAGGUACUAUGAUGGUAGAACUCCAGGAGAGGGUAACUGAACUGGAAAACUGGAAGGAUGGCAAAGGUCUUAUAAUCCAUGGUGCAGGAAACACUUUUUGCUCAGGAUCUGAUUUGAAUGCUGUCAAAGAAAUAUCCAACUCCCAGGAUGGGAUGAAUAUGUGCAUGUUUAUGCAAAACACCUUAACCAGACUUAUGAGGUUGCCUUUGAUCAGUGUUGCACUAGUUCAAGGAAAAGCUUUUGGAGGAGGAGCAGAACUUACCACAGCAUGUGAUUUCAGGUUGAUGACGCCUGGAAGUGAAAUUCGGUUUGUCCACAAGCACAUGGGUCUGGUGCCAGGCUGGGGAGGAGCUGCCCGGCUGGUGCGGAUCGUGGGCAGCGGGGCAGCCCUGCAGCUGCUGGGCGGGGCUGCCCGGGUGGACCCCGAGAGAGCUCUGAGCCUGGGGCUCUCCGAGGAGACGCUGCCGGUCUCAGACCAAACCAGAGCGCUGGGAGAGGCCCGGGCCUGGCUGAGCCACUACACAGAGGGUCCGGCCGCUGUGAUUCGGGCUGUGAAAAAGGUGGUGACAGCGGGAAGAGAGCUCCCACUGGAAGAUGCCCUAAGGACAGAGAAGGACAUUUUUGGAACUGUAUGGGGUGGGCCUGCCAAUUUGGAGGCAUUGGUUAGAAGACCAAAACAUAAGUGAUGGUUUAUGCAUAAGAAAUGGGCUUGACCCUUUUGCAAACAAAGCUUUCAGUAAAGCAGCCAUUAAACUGAAUCAUUUAAUGACUUGUCCAUUUAAAAUGGCAUUAACAUUCCUGCCAUUUAGGUCAGGCAGGCAUAUUUGGUGUGCAACCACAGAGAAAUCCCGUGCAGAUUCUCUACUGUCCUAAUCACCCACUGAAGAGAUUAGUGAAAUUAGUAUGUAAAGGUAAAUACUGUGCUGAAAAUAGAACUAUAAUUCAUUUGGAAUGAGGCUGAAGAUUAUUUUAUUUGGUGUUUUGUUUUGUUGUUUUAACUAGGAUGGAAAUUAUUUGAAAGUUGUGACGUUUAUUCAUUUGUGGAACAGGUGCAUCUAAAGCUGCAAAAUACAAGUUCCCCAACGUGAGACCAGUGUCUUUAAGCAGCUUGGAAAAGAUGAUUACCAGUGGAAAGAUAGCUUUUAUUUUUUCAUUCUAGUUAGUUCUUUGUGUAAUUGUUGAGAAAGUAUCCUUCAAUUUUAAUGGUGCUUUUAUAGGAGAACCUUUGUGUUAGUGAGAAGCUUCUAGCACUCAUUCACUAUCACUGAUUCAGGUUUUUAAAUGUAUUUUGGUGUCUUCUCACUGCUCAAGGAAUCAACUACCCACACAUGCAUCUGCACAUUCCCAUAUCCUGUACCUGUGCAAAGCUGCUGGCCUGGUUCUUUAAACAAAAUCUAGCUGAAAUCUUGGAAGGCCAUGAUGUAUCAUGCCCUGGAAUGGCUUGUCCUUAGUUGACUGGAUGAUGUGAAUACUUCAGCAUUCUGUUAAGAUGUGCAUGGAUAUGUCUAUGUCUUUCUUCAAUGCAUAUUUACUGGUAGGGUGUAUUUGGGCUGACUGGAAGAUUUGGAACUCAGUCUCCGUUUCAUGCCAGUGACUAUGCAAGUAAUUGGAUAACUCAGUGGGGAAAGUUUUCUCUUUAGAAAUUAGAAACUGACACACAGUGCCUUAAAGAGAUUUAAAAAUAAACAUCUGUGAGAGAAAAACUAUACAGA